AUGGCGUCUGUUAACACCUCUGUCAUCUUCGACCUUGGCGGAAGUCACUACCUUGCAAGGCCUAUUCGGAUGCCUACAAACCGUGAAUCUUUUCUAGAGAACGGUUUCAAGUCAAAGAUACCAUCGCUGGUGACCUAUUUCAGCGUGUGGAACACCCAUACUAUUGAUGCCGGAGCCCUUCAGAAAUGGCGAGCCGAGUACCUUGAUCAAGACGAUGUUUUCCAACCCAAAUUUCUGCAAGGAAUUAUCUUCGGAGGCGUCGAGUCCAACGAAGUACAGCUCACGCGUGACGCAGAAACUCUACUUGAAGUCUGGAAGACUGUGAGUGUAGUAUAUGAGCCUCAUUUAGAGCUAAAGGAUGGCCCUUACUAUAUAACCGGAGGCACUUUCCACUCGACAUGGCAAAUAUACGAAGAUCGACAGCUCGCUUUUCUACAAGAAACUUGGCCCACAGAUGACGGGAAUGGUACCGUUGAGCAGGUUAAUGCUCCUGGUAAUGGCUAUCGUUCACAUGAAAUAGCUAUCCCAGCAAGAUAUUACUCGCAAAAUAUCAUCGAGCCAGAUCCCACGGUUAAGAAAAACCACACGCCUUCUCCACUUCACGGUAUGAGAGUUGCCAUCAAAGACAAUUUCCACAUCAGCGGUACAAAGACAUCACUCGGCAACCUUGCGUACUACGAGACGUACUCAGUCAGAAAUGACACGGCAGACGUAGUGCUGGAACUAUUGGAUGCUGGUGUUCAUAUAGUAGGGAAAAUGCAUCUAAGUCCCUUUGCUAUGAUGGAGCAUCUGAUGCAAAGUGUUGACUACCAAGCACCAUUCAAUCCGCGAGGUGGUGGCUAUCUGAUCGCGGGGGGGGAGUAG